UUUAUUUAGGCAUAGCUAAUGUCGACUGUUUGUUUUACCAAGUACAGGAGAACCGUCGAGUUCAUAAAUUAAUUAUAGAAAUUCCAGAGGAGGUACCCAACUUCCACCUGUACGUUCUUUGGCAUUUACUACUCAACAAUGAUGGCGUAGUCGCGUUUGUGCGCGUUCUUCUUCAAAGUUCGUAAAUUAACCAAGUAAAACUGAACGUGUACGUUAUUUUUGUAUGGGGGAACGUCUUUAAGACGAUUGCAGUUGCCUGGUGAGGGAUAAUAAUAGCAAAAACGUCACAUACGAAAUAAAUCAGUUUAAACGCCGCGGAGAGGAUAACGCUUUCGAUUUACAAAAAAAAAACCUGUAAUUCGGGCGAAAAAGUGCGGAUUUUUUCCCAAAGUUUCGUGCUGUUAUAAGAAGUGCAAAGAUGUCGAUUUAAAUCAAGGAGGAAUGUAGUCUCAAGUUGAGAUGUCCGACACCGGAUGAGUGGUGGAGGCGGCGACGGUGGGGCGGGUAGUGCGGCACUAAGAGCGGCGGCGAGCGUAGGAAAUACGGCGGAAUGCGCCAGAUUGUUGGGCUCACUGAAAUCUGUGCGGUUCUCAAGGGACGAAUUGGGUAGGUCUGCAUUACACCUAGCAGCAAGCGCCGGACAUGGCUCGGUUGUACGGUUGCUCCUCAGUGUCGCCGCCCCUCGGGAGGUCGAUAGUCCGGACGGUGCCGGCUGUACCGCACUUCAAAGGGCCGCAUCCGACGGUCACGAAGAGGUGGUGAAGUUACUAUUGGCGAGAGGCGCCGAUGUCGAUCGCCAAGACAACAUUCACGGAAAUUGCGCCAUCCACGAGGCAUCUUGGAAAGGAUACAGUCGUACGGUUGCAUUACUCGCGUCAGCCGGCGCCAAUUUAACGAAAACAAACGCGGGAGGCUUCACCGCGUUACACCUCUGCUGCCAAAACGGUCACAAUCAAUCUUGCCGCGAGCUCUUGUUGGCGAACUGCAAUCCGGACCUGCAAAACAAUUACGGCGACACCUCUCUUCACACCUCGGCGCGAUACGGACACGCCGGCGUCACUCGCAUCCUAAUCUCGGCGAAGUGCCGCGUAUCCGAACAAAACAAAAAUGGAGACACCGCCUUACACAUCGCCGCGGCGAUGGGUCGACGAAAGCUGACCCGAAUCCUCCUCGAGGCCAGCUGCGACAAGACCUUGCGAAACAAGCAGAAUGAGACCGCACGCGACAUAGCUCUGCGGAAGGAUCUCGGCGAGAUCAUCUCCAUACUCGACGAUGGCAGCUCCAAAAAGGAGAAGAAGCAGAAAGCCAAAAAGCGUUCGAAAAGCAAAGUGAGAUUUGACGGUAAACCUCCAGUUGACGAAAACGCGGCGAAGAAGCAUUGGUCACCGUACGGCUGCCACUACUACCCCGAUCCCGAAGCGUUCCCAUCACCCAGACUGGACACGCUACCCGACGAGCCCCUGAGGAAGGGCGAACAGUAUUAUUUAGACUUAGCCGGCAAUAUUUGUAAGGGACCAGUCGGCGUCGGAUACACGUGUUAUUGCGCGCCGUUGUUUAGGCACCUGGAGGCGCGCCUGGAGAAGGACAAGCGCGAGCUGCAGAGGGCGCAAGUCCGUCUGGGACAGCGGGUCGCCGGUCUGGAGCAGAAACUGAAUCGGGGCGGACACGGGCGACACUCCGAGCGCGUGAUAAACGCGAAGGAGAACCACGUUUCCACGUUGUCCAGAUCUCGAAGUCUGGAGCUUCUGGAAAGGGACGAGGGAGGAACGUCGUUGCAAGUUACGAGGAGUAUGGACGAACUUGAGCAGGAAGAAGCCAGACCGAGCGUCAAAGAGAUCGUCGCCAAAAUUCAACAGCAGCAGGCGGCCGCGGAGGUCGCGGGAGACAACAGCGAGAGCAGCGACGACGACGACAGCCCGCUGCGCAUGGUCCAACACCGCGGACCGAUGGGCAGCUCAAACCUGGUGAUCACCCCGCCCGACCUAAACCCCAACUACGAAAACGUACCGAGCGGUCCUCCGCGCAGCCGGAUGGGCGUGUACAGUCCGACGCUGACGGCCCCGAAGUCGAAGUACGUCGAACCGAUCGUGCGCGUUCAGGAGCCGAACGUUCGGACGGGUCCUCGCGUGUACACGUCGAGUGCGUGCAUACCGAUGGGGUUUAGUGAAGUGAACGAGCCGAGCACGAAGUACUACGAGCGCGGCGUUAACACGAGGUUCGCGAAGUUGCGCAUGAUCGAUUGCGCGAACCAAGGCGGCUCGAGGAUGCUGGACUCGAAUAAAAUGUUCGAGAGUACCGCCAACAUGUUGGAAAAUCCGCACGACGUGAUCGAUAGAGAUACUAAUAACGACUCUGGGUACUCGACUAAGGUGUACGGUAGUUCUAAAGGUAAUUCGCCUUGUUUAAUUGGGCAAACAGAUAAUGAUUGCCUUGGUGCAUCCAGUUUAGUUUAGGAGGGAAUUAUAUUUUUUAACACUUACAGGGUGUGUGAAGAAGUUGCAGUCAAAUAAUACAGGGUGAACGUUUUGAAAGGCGCGGUGUUUCCCAUUUUCAUAAUCAGUAUUAAAAGUCACACUAGCUCGUAGUUACACUAAUGUCAAAAUUGAAUGUCCACCUAUUGUAAAUAAGCGUAUAAAUCAUUAGUAGAUAUUUAGACAAUUAUGCAUUCCAUUUCAUAAGGUAACAGCAUCAGAGUGGCUAGUAGCUUAUUUGAGAUGGGUGCUAAAAAGUGCCUUAGUUACGAUACGUAACGGUUUUAUAUAAAAAGAAAACUACCUGAUAUAAUUUAUAAGAAAUUUUAUAUAUGUUAAAAUAUUUACUAAAAUUGUUAUUGCUUAUAAAAUUUAUAUACAAAAUCUCU